AUGUCUACUUGGCAACAACAUACAAUAUCAAAUUUAGCAAUAAAUAAUACAAAUAAUAAUUUGAAAUCAAAUGAAAUAUCAGAAGGAUUAGGAGAAAUAAAUCAUACAUCAACACUUCCAGUUGAUUUCGAAAAAUUAUUCAAUCAAUCUGAUUAUAGUGAUAUUGAAUUAAUAAUUGAAUCUGAACAUUUUUAUGCUCAUCGUGCAAUACUUGCUGCUCGUUCUGAAUAUUUUCGUGCAUUACUCUAUGGUGGUUUACGUGAAUCCCAACAUGAUAAUCGUAUAAUUGAAAUUAAAGAAUGUAAAGCAGCUGCAUUUAAAAUUCUUUUACGUUAUAUUUAUACUGGACAAAUUAGUUUAACUAAAAAGAAUGAAGAUAUUUUACUUGAUCUACUUGGUCUUGUACAUCAAUAUGGUUUUGAACAACUUGAAAAUAGUUUAUCAAUAUAUAUACAAUCAAUUUUAUCAUUAAAUAAUGUUUGUAUUAUAUAUGAUACAGCUUGUCUUUAUAAAUUAAAUAAUCUUCAAGAACAUUGUUCUCUAUUUAUUGAUAAUCAUGCAAAAGAAAUAAUCAAAACAAAUGAAUUUUUAUCAUUAUCAUCUGAAGCAUUAUCAUUAAUUAUUGCUCGUGAUUCAUUUUAUUGUUCUGAAAUUGAAAUAUUUUAUGCUGUUAAAAAUUGGCAUGAUUAUUAUUAUUUUAAUCAAAAAGAUCAAUGGAAACCAUUUGAUAAUAUUGUAUCAAAAAUACGAUUAAUAUUAAUGUCAAUGAGUGAAUUAUUAAAAAUUGUACGUUAUUCAAAUUUAUUUGAUCUUAAUCAAAUAAUGGAUGCUAUUGAUAUAAUUCAUAGUGAAACAAAUUUAUUAAUUAAUGUUAAUAAUAAUAAAAAUAACUGUAAAAAUUAUCGUGGACGAUUAAGAUUAAAUGAAAAUAUAGCUACAAAAACUUAUGAUGCUCAAGUAGUUGAAGGAGAAGUGAAACAAUCUUUACUGGAUGGUGAUAUUAUCAACUAUGAUUUAGAUCGUGGUUAUACAAGACAUCUUAUUGAUGAUGUACAUAAUAUUUGUGUUAAAUUAGAUGGACCAUCAAUAAUAAAUCAUAUUAAAUUACUUUUAUGGGAUAAAGAUACUCGUGCUUAUUCAUAUUAUAUUGAAGUAUCAGUUGAUAAUAUAACUUGGACACGUAUUAUUGAUUAUCGUUUAUAUUUAUGUCGUUCAUGGCAAAAAUUAUAUUUUUCACCUAUUGUCGCAAGUUAUAUUCGAAUUGUUGGAACAUAUAAUACUGUAAAUAAAGUUUUUCAUCUUGUUUCAAUGGAAGUUUAUUAUAAACAAAAAUCAUUUGCACUUAUUGAAGAUAUUCAUGUUCCAAUAGAAAAUAUUGCAACUAUUGAAAGUAGUGCUGUUGUAUCGGAAGGUGUUAGUCGUAUAAGAAAUGCACUUAUUAAUGGAGAUUAUCAAUCAUAUGAUUGGGAUACAGGUUAUACAUGUCAUCAAAUUGGUUCAGGUGGUAUUGUUAUUCAAUUAUGUCAACCAUAUGUUGUCAGUUCAAUGAGAUUAUUAUUAUGGGAUUGUGAUAAUCGCUCAUAUUCAUAUUAUAUUGAAACAUCAUAUGAUAAUGUAACAUGGUCAAAAGUUGUCGAUAAACGAAAUAUUGCUUGCCGAUCAUGGCAAAUAUUAACAUUUUCACCUCGUAUUGUCGUAUUUAUACGUAUAUGUGGUACAAAUAAUACAGCUAAUGAAGUAUUUCAUUGUGUUCAUUUUGAAUGUCCAUGUAAACCUGAUAUACUUAAAUUAUAUAUGAAUGAACAACAAUUAAAUUUAGCAAACAAUUUUAAAGAAGAAAAUAGUAUAACAUGUGAAGAAUUUUAUAAAAAUUAUGAAAUUUUAAUUGAUACAAUCAAUAAGAAUUCUAUAAUAGAAACACAUACAAUAUUACCAUUUAAGAUUAAAUCAAAUUCAACAGAAAUCGUUCAUAUUGAACAAGAAGAUAAUGAGUAA